UCUAGGACCACGACCGAUCAUGCUUUAGUCUGAAAAUUUGGCAUUCAUCAUCUAUCCGAUGCCACGUCAAAAUUUUGCAAUACAUCGAUAUCACGAAGUUGUAAACUUGAUGAAUUCGUAUUUGAUGAAGAACGAAAUGGAGUUGACGAAUAUUGUAUGUCCUCCUUCCGUGGAGUUCGGGCUCCGUUUAAUUGGCGUAUGGCCCGGCACGUCGCACGCAUUUUCACGCAGAAUUGUUUGCAUACUCUCGAUGGUGGUGUUUCAAAUAUUUCAAUAUCAGUAUGUGAUUAAGCACUUCAGCAAAGAAAAUUUAUUAGUUCUUAUAGAUGUUUUAAGCGUGACUCUGGCUUAUAGUCUUCUGUUAAUUAAACUGAUUAUUUUCUCAUUGAACGCUGGUUUAUUAGACAAAAUGAUAGCGUCCAUGGUUGAAGAUUGGAAGACGCGCAACAUUUCUGACGACUCUACGAUGACCAGGAUGUCUUAUAUCUCUCGUCAAUUUUCAAAUUUGAUAAUUGCCUGCAAUGCAACGUCGGUGAUCUUUUAUGUGGCUGGCACAUUUUGGAGGCAUAGAACCGGUAAUCAGACUGACGCUCGAGAACUUCUCUUUAAAGUAGAGUUGCCGUUCAACAUCGACAAUGCAUCAGUGUAUAUAACUAUUCUUGUUAUACAAUUUAUCCAUCAGACGAGCGCAGGUAGUAUGACGAGUGUGUUCAGUUGCGUGUUAAUAACGCUGGUUCUUCACGUAUGCGGUCAGAUCGAUCUAGUGCGACGGAAGUUGAUGGAAAUUACGAAGGAAGACAUUGAACGUCAAAUGACCGAAAGUAUCAUAAAAACAUUGAUCGUUCGGCAUCAAAAAAUCAUCAUUUUUUCCAGAAACAUCGAGAUUCUCUUUUCGAAUAUCGCGCUGAUGCAAUUUAUAUCGAACACUUUAAUUAUCUGCUGUUUAGGAUUUCUCAUUGUAAUUUCUAUUGGCGCUUCGGACGGAACAACGAUGCUGAUCAAGUCUUUGUUCUUUUAUAUUGUUAUUAACAUAGAGGCAUUUAUAUUUUGCUUUAUAGGAGAACAUCUCAGUAAGAAAAGCAAAAUGAUCGGCGACGCAGCGUACGAGUCGCUUUGGUACCACCUAACUCCGACCCAAACUCGAAAUCUUUUACUUAUGAUCGUAAGAUCGCAGAAGCAUUUGACGCUCACGAUCGGAAAGGUCACAGAUUUGUCUUUGCAACAAUUUACCAGCAUUGUGAAAGCCUCGGGAUCGUACGUGUCGGUGUUAUACGCGAUGUAUUAAAAUCUUAGCGCAUUCUAUACCUCGUGUAU